AUGACUGACGCAGAGGCAGAGUCCAGAGCACAGCUUGAGGAUGAAGUUGUUCAAGCUCCACUAACUGGUGGAGGAGAGAGUGAAGUCUCACAUGAACUGGUUGCAGAGACAAGGCAAAUGGAAAAUGCAAACUUAGAGGUGGUGUCAGUUGGAGAUCAGGAUCUUCCAGGUUCUGCUCCCCCCCUCGAGAGCCACAAUGUCAACAUGUCAGAAAAAAACAGCGCCAAUAACCCAGCCUCUGAGAUUGCGGAGCUGACAGACUGUCAGACAGAAGCUACCAACAAUGUCCAAGCACAAUGUCCAAAUCCAGGAAUACCGGUAACCAAAGUCCAGCCCUUCCUUUCAGAUCAAGUAGACGACAAAACGCUCAGAGGUCGUUUAUUUGCGAGAAGAAUGGAGCUUUUAAUUGGUGUCUGCGUGUUGCUUACUGUUACCCUUGUUCUUGGCAUCAGUCUGGGAGUGGUCCUGAGCUGUAGAGGAAAGUUCCGGUGCAGCUCAUCGCUCUGUGUCAGCAUCUCUGCACAGUGUGAUGGACACAUAGACUGUGAACAUGGCGAGGACGAGCUCAGCUGUGUGCGUGUGAGUGGGAAGAGUGCGGUGCUGCAGGUGUUAAGUGGAGGAAUCUGGAGCACCGUGUGUUCAGAAACAUGGGACUCUGAGCUGGGUUUCUCUGCCUGCAAACAGCUGGGAUAUUCCAGUUAUGUGGAGUCUGGUUCUCUACCUCUUACCUCAAUUGAACAAGACCUUCAGGAUAAUCUGGUGUCUAUCAAGCUGACCCAGCUGAAUCCCCUGUAUCCAAUCAAGAUACACAACACAACCAACCUGAGUAAAACUGAAUGCAGAUCAGGAAAGAUCAUAACUUUAAGGUGCUUGGAGUGUGGCUCCCGGCCCCAGUACAGUGCCCGUAUAGUGGGGGGUAACCUGUCUCAAGAAGGCCAGUUUCCCUGGCAGGUGAGUCUCCAGUUCCAGAACGAGCACCUGUGUGGAGGGUCUAUUCUAACAACACGGUGGAUAUUAACAGCCGCACACUGUGUGUAUGGCUUCGCCUAUCCCCCACUGUGGAAAGUGCUGGCUGGACUCACAGAGCAGCCAGUGACUGGAGCCAGGUAUCUCGCUGUGGAGAAAAUUAUUUAUCACGGCCGCUACAGACCCAAAGGCCUGGACUACGACAUCGCCCUGCUGAAACUGUCACAGCCACUAACCUUCAAUGGGUACAUUGAGCCCAUCUGCCUGCCAAACUUUGGAGAGGAGUUUGAAGAUGGGAAGAUAUGCUGGAUCUCAGGAUGGGGAGCCACAGAGGAUGGAGGAGAAGCGAGCGUGUCUCUGCAUUCUGCGAGGGUCCCGCUGAUCUCCGCCAAAGCCUGCAGUCAGCCUGAAGUCUAUCAGGGGUACAUCUCCCCCGGCAUGAUCUGUGCAGGAUAUCUAGAAGGAGGAACUGACUCCUGCCAGGGGGACAGUGGGGGUCCUCUGGCCUGUGAGGACGCAUCCAUGUGGAAGCUGGUGGGAGCGACUAGUUGGGGCCAGGGCUGCGCUGAGAGAAACAAACCUGGAGUUUAUACACGCAUCACACAAGCUCUCACCUGGAUUCAUCAACAAAUGGAGAGAGAAGAAACACAGAACCCUUCUCCAAUCAGCUCAGACAACUGACAAAGCUGACAAGAUGAUUUAUAGAUGUUUUUUAAACUGAAAUUAAUUCACAACUGUUCUGGGUUUUUUUUUAUCCUGCACAGCUGUUGAAGACAUUACAAUAAACAGUGUUAAGCAAUGCU